AUGCUGCUGUCCCAAGACAUGGAUCAGCACACUACUCCUCUCCUCACUUCAACCUCAGGUCUCCUGCAACAAAGCCACCCUCAGGCAGAAACCUCCAAUCCUUUGGGAAGCCCCGAGGCCACCACCUUGUCCAAUGAACCGGGCUUGGAGAAAAACAGUACAGCUUCACAGUACGAGUUGGUGCCUGGAGAAAUUAUCCUUGUCAGCUUGCUUUGGGGGGUGUUAUGGUUCUUCUCCGUCUUCGGAAACUCCCUGGUCUGCCUGGUCAUCUACAGGAGCAGGAGGACCCAGUCAACCACCAAUUACUUCGUGGUCUCCAUGGCCUGUGCAGACUUGCUGAUCAGUAUUGGAUGCACGCCGCUCGUACUGUUCCAGUUGGCCUCCGAUGGGUGGACCUACGGGAGCAUGAUGUGCAAGACCAUCAGGUAUUUUCAAUAUGUCACCCCCGGGGUCCAAAUGUAUGUCCUGCUUUCCAUCUGCAUCGACAGAUUCUACACUAUUGUCUACCCGCUGAGUUUCAAGGUGACGAGGGAAAAAGCCAAGAAAAUGAUUGCGGCCUCUUGGAUCUUCAGUGCGGCCUUGAUGUCUCCAGUGUUCAUUUUUGGGGGCUUGGACAGGGACCGUCACUGCCGGUUUUUCCCUCCCCAUUCUUGGGACGGGGCUGUUUAUAGCGUCAUUCACGUCGUAGUAGCUUUCCUGAUUCCAUCGGUUCUCAUCGUUUUCUUUUACCAAAAAGUCAUCAAGCACAUUUGGAAGAUCGGGAGCGAGGGCAGAACGGUCCGGAGGACGAUGAACGUGGUCCCGAGGACCAAGGUGAAAACCAUCAAAAUGUUCCUGAUGUUAAAUGCUCUCUUUCUCCUCUCGUGGCUCCCCUUUUACGUGGUUCAGCUUUGGCACCCGUCCGAGACCGACCGUAGGAAAAGCGCCUUGGUUUUUUUGAUGGCGACCUGGAUAUCGUUUAGUUCCUCGGCCUUGAAGCCCAUGUUGUACUCGGCGUAUAAUGCCAACUUCAGGAGGGGGAUACGAGAGACUUUCUGUAUGUCCGCCAUGAAGUGUUACCGGAGUAAUGCCUACACCGUCACAACCAGCUCCAAGAUGGCCAAGAAAAAUUACGUGGGGAUCUCAGAAUUCCCCACCGCACCAAAAACGGUUUGCAAAGACAGCAUGUAUGAUUCCUUCAACAGAGACGUGAAAGAGAAAAAACUUGCCUGGCCUAUUAAUUCAAACCCACCAAACACAUUUGUGUAAUUAACG